CUUAACCUUAACAUAAACAAAAACACUUCUUAUCAUUUCAUUUGUAGAAAAAAAAAUCAAAAUCAAGAAAUUAAGAUGACAUCACCGUCUCCGUCGCCACCGUCCAUGUCGAUGGUUUCUCGUACGGCUAAUCUGAUCUUGAGGAUUCUUACUUUUGUGUUCCUCAUAAUUUCUCUGAUCAUCCUCACAACUAAUACAGUUACUUUAGUAGUUAAUCUUGUUGAGUUGAAGGUCCAAUUUAAGGAUAUUUAUUCUUACAGGUAUAUGCUAGCAACAAUUGUGAUUGGAUUUGCAUACACACUUUUGCAAAUUGCUUUCACAUUAUACAAUGUUAUCACUGGAAAUAAGGUUUUGAAUAUUGGUGAUGCAAGUCUUCUGUUUGGUUUCUAUGGUGACAAGGUAAUAUCGUACAUGCUAGCCACAGGAGCAGCUGCAGGAUUUGCUUCAACAAAAGAUUUGAAGCCUUUAUUUUCAGGAUCAGGAAGUGCUGACGAGUUCUUCAACAAGGGCUAUGCCUCUGCUAGUCUCCUUCUCUUCGCAUUCAUUUUCACUGCAAUUUCAUCCGUCUUCUCGUCCUACGCAUUACCGAAUAAAAUUUAAUCCUGAAAAUUAGUAUUAAAGUAUUAUAUGUUGGAUUUACAAUUUAAUUUCUCAAGUAUAUAUAGUCAAUGAUUUGUUAAUUCUUGCUGUUCCUGUAUCAAGUUUUUGUCCUAUCAACUAUUUUUCCUA